AUGCACACCAACUUCGUGAUUGAGCCAGGCUCUGAGUACUGCCGCAAGGACGUUGAGCCUCAAAUGGACUACCACGAAGAGGAGGAGCUGAGGCAGGCUUACGAGAAGCCGGAGAAUGCCGACCUUGUUGGAACAAAGCUUCCUCGGCAUGUGCUACAGCAGCUCCACCGAGUCGAUCCAGAGAAAAUCAACUUCGAGCUCGUGGCCCAGGUGGUGCGCCACAUCCACACCCAGGUGGAUCCUUGCAAAGAAGGAAAAUC